CUGGCUGCUGCAGUUAUCCACAGCCUGUCCUGUUGUUCGCAGGGUUUAGUCUUUCUCUUUGCUUUUUGUUCUGAAGUUGCCGGCUGCGUUCGAUGGAGGCAGAGGCCACUUCGUGUUUAGGCUUUGGCAGACAUAGAGCAGAGGAAAUGCUGGAUGGACCCUGGCUUGUAUUUUUCGUGCAUCACAUAACAGAGAUGGGAGUUAUUCAAAGACCCAUAAGGAGGAAAUGGUAACACAGACACACAGAGAGAAGAGGAUCGGUGCCUUCUGAGAAGUGUACUGGCUUCCAGCGUAAUGAGCAAUGUGUGAACUUGUUAACUAGGCCUAUUCUCUUUGACCUUAAUUUAAAUUGAGGAUUAGCCAUCUCAUCAGAGUUCUUGGUGGAAAGCCAAGGCUUGUUUUGCCUUGGGCAAAACUCAAAAGGAGGAUUGGGAAGGAAAGUAGCUGCUCAUCCCUCAGAGGAAGCUUUUGCAUAUUUCCUUUGGCAGGGAACUUGAAGCGAUUAAAAAGCGAAUUUAUUUGGAUUGACUUCAAGAAGAGAAAAACACACCACAUUUACAUUUUUUUCCGUAAUGGAUUUGGAUCAGUUCUGUACCUUAACCCGGGAGCGUCCUGUUUAUCUACCUGGAUUCAGCUCAUCAAAGGAUCCAAGAAUUUAUUGAUAAUCUCUGCGUUCCCAGGCAAUGGAGCUCCGUAAGAGGGUGAAGCCAAAACAUGGCCUUUCACAAGAUGCGCCGUCUGAAUGCAGAUGUAACCAUAACGCUCUGUCGGGAACGCAGGAGGGGGGUGAAGGAGGGGUUUCUCUGCUUGGGCGAUCCGGUUCCCGUUCCCAUUCCGGUUCAGGCGUUUCACCCCUGCGGCCUUGGCAACAGUGCAUUUUCAUGGCAGCAGGGCUGUUAGCGGCUGUGCUGCUGGCACUGACUCAGGCCUGGUGUGUGAACGGCUUACAUGAGAAUCUGCUGUGGUUCUCGCAGCUCACGGAAGUGGAGAGGGAGAUCUCCUUUCGGACAGAGUGUGGACUAUACUACUCCUACUAUAAACAAAUGCUGCACGCCCCAUCAAUACAAGAAGCGCUCAAAGAAAUGAUCCAUGACAACUUGACAGAAUCCAAGAGGACCAUUAAUCUCUUGCAGCGAAUGAAUAUCUACCAAGAGGUCUUUCUCAGUGUUCUCUACAGAUUGUUGCCCAUACAGUCAUAUUUGGAGCCCGUGUACUUUUAUAUUUACACAGUGUUCUCGCUCCAAGCUGUGUAUGUGAUCGCUUUGUACCUCACAGCGUGGCUUCUGUCUGGCUCCUGGCUUGCUGGUGCGCUCACCGGGGUCUGGUACAUCCUUAACAGGGUAGAUACUACUCGUGUAGAGUUCACCAUCUCCCUCAGAGAGAACUGGUCUUUGCCCUUCUUAGCGCUGCAGGUCGCCGCUAUCACCUGUUACCUCAGACCCCAGCUCACCACAUUACAGCAGAAGGUGAUGGUGUGGCUGAUGUAUGUGACGACGUUCUGUUUCUGUCUGACCUGGCAGUUCAACCAGUUCAUUCUACUGGUUCAGGCUCUCGUCAUUUACACCCUGGACUGCGGCGACUUCUUAACAACUACACGGGUGACUACGCUGUACCUCGUUCAAGUGAGCAGCCUGCUGAGCGUGUGGCUCCUCCAGUUCUGUAACUCCAUGAUACUGGGAUCACUGGUCCUGAGCUUCAUAGUAGCCGCGCUCUUCAUCAGACAUUGCCAGCCUGGUGUAAAGACUGGAAGCCUGGUGGUUCGUUUGGGCAAAGUUCUUCUCCACAGUGCCCUGGUUCUCCUCCUCACCGUCACCAUCAACUACCUGGCCAAGAAAGCCCUCCAGCUCCAAUCAGACGAGCACAUCUUUAAAUUCAUCAAGUCAAAGUUUGCUCUGGGUUCGACCAGGGAUUUUGAUGCCAGUCUGUAUCUGUGUGAGGAGGCCUUUGGCCUGCUUCCCCUGGACACGCUCGAGCGCCUGGCCGGUACCCUGCUGCUGUACCCCUACAUCCUCACGCUGCUUCUGCUCUGUGGCAUGUUGGUGGCGGCAGCACUGCAAAACCUGAGCAGGCCUAACAGAGGUUCCACCGAGGAAAGGAAAGGAGCCAGAGAGGGGCAAGUGGCGGCAUUUCGUCCAGAUGUGGCCUACAAUCUGCUGCACACGCUGUUCUACGGCCUCCUGGCUUUCAGCACAAUGAGAAUGAAGUAUAUAUGGACUGGCCACAUGUGUGCGGUCGCAGCCUACGGUGUCUGUGGGACCGAGCUGUGGACUGUGCUUCUCAGCGCUCUCCGAUGCAACACGAAACUUCUGUUGAGGCUUGUCAGAUAUGUCGUUCCUGUUGUGAUGAUCGGUUUCCUGUAUUACAAGUUCUGGCCUAAGCUGAUGGAGGAGUUAUCAGAACUGAGGGAGUUUUAUGAUCCAGACACCGUGGAGCUCAUGACCUGGAUUAGCACAAAGACACCCAAACAGGCAGUAUUUGCUGGAAGCAUGCAGCUCCUGGCGGGUAUCAAGCUGUGCACAGGCAGAGUUCUCACCAACCACCCCCAUUAUGAAGAUAAAGACCUGCGGGAGCGGACCAGACAGGUGUAUCAAGUGUACGCUCGCCGCUCCCCAGAGGAAGUAUACGAUAUCCUGAAGGCUAUUGGGGCCGACUAUGUGGUGUUGGAAAACAGCAUCUGCUACGAGCGGAGGCACAGGCGGGGCUGCAGACUGCGGGACCUGCUCGACCUGGCCAACGGACAUAUCAUGGACGGACCUGGAGAGGAUGACCCCGACCUCGUCCCUGCCACCCACCCUCGUUUUUGUGAUGCCAUCAAGACGGACGCGGCAGCUUACAACGCUCUCUUUACCAGAACAUUCCAGAAUAAAACCUUCCAUGUCUACCGGCUCAAGAAGAAACGCAAGAAAAAUACGAAGGGCUCAUCAGAGCCCAGCGUGACUCAGUAGCAGGACCAGGGCUGCAAGACAACCCCAGCAGAGGCCAGAGGGGAGAGAGGAGGAGAGGAUGAAAUAAAAGUGCUGAAUCCUUG